AUGCCAAGUCUUUGGCCCGAGCUCGGCCCGCUGGAGGACCUGCCUCGCGCAGAGGUUGCCGUGUCCUCGCCCUCCCAUGUCACGAACAAGGUCGAGAUCGAGGAAAAGUUCCAGCUGACGAAGGAGGGAGUGCCGACACUUACCAAGAAUUUGAACGCCCGCAAGACUCCGUAUGCCAAGAUUCGAACUGGGACGGUCUCUUUGGGCAAGUCAGGCGUCCGACUCCUGGACGACUGGAGCGAGAGCUUCGUAAUCUGCGAGCAGGAAGCCACGAACAUCUACACCAACCUUUACGGCGAGAAGCACCAGAGCAGCAAGCAGGCGUUCUCCAGCGUUCGGAGCAGCGUGGUCCGGAAGAUUGGUAGGGAGAUCUGCAAACGAGAGACCUUAAUCUCGACCUGGAACUACAUCUGGGAGAUUAUCACCCUUGUGCUCGUUGUUCUGGACACCAUACUGAUUCCGAUUACGCUGGCAUGGCCCGACUCGGCGCUUUCGCCGAGCCCGACCUUCUUCUAUUUCCAGGCCGGGCCAUUUCUUUGGAGCUUCGACAUUCUCAUGAGCUUCGUCCCGGCAUCUCUAGAGAAGGAAGUGCCGGCCAAGCUGCAGAUGGCCAGGAAGUAUGUGUGUUCAAGAUUUCCGAUAGAUGUGUCCCUGGUAGUCUUGGACGUUGUUCUUCUCCUGGGCGUCCUGGAGGAGCACUUUCGCAUCUUCACCUUGCUGCGGCUGAUUCGGAUCCUGAAGCUGAAGAGAGUGCUCACCGUCUUCGAGAACCGCCUCGUUGCCGCGGGAAACAUGAAAGCUGUGCCUUACCUGACGAUUCUCCAAUGCAUCGCGACGGUGCUCGCCGUCAACCACGUGCUGGCGUCCUUGCUGUUUUAUGUGGGCCGCAUCGGGACGCGCAUUGAAGCCACGAGCAACUGGGUUGAUUUUUACGAGAUGUCCUUCCGGAGUCCACUCUCGCAGUAUAUGACCUGCUUCAAUUGGGUAAUCGCUGAGUAUACGCCGGCGCCCUUCCCCAACCAGCCGCAGAAUGAAGUGGAGCAGUUGCUUAUCAUCGUGAUCAUCCUCACCUGUCUGCCCCUCUUGGGCGCCCAGAUCGGCAAGAUCGGUGGAACGCUGAACACGAUGAAAGAGAAGGCACGUGAGCGAGAUAUGGUUCGCCGAGACCUCCAGCGGUUCCUACAACGCAAGAACGCGCCAACUCGGCUGACUCGGCGAAUGCUGACGUCACUCGACGAUGUGCUGGACUCCAAGGACUCGCCCCUGAAUGUGAAGGAGCCGAUAGCCUUGAAGUUCCUUCCCAGCAGCCUCCUCGACGAGCUCCGGGUCGUGAAGAUGAUCGAGAAGCUCGACGCCCACAUGCUCUUCGCGAUGCUCAUGGACGAGCGUCUCGGGCUUGCUGGUCGCCUCAGCGCCGUGUUCCGGGAAGUCAACGCGGUGCAGGGGGAGAACGUCUUCACCAACGGGCGGCCAGGUGAAGGCCUCUACAUCACGCAGAGCGGGCGCUUCGCCCUGAGCCAGUCGAAGGGCGCCGCGAGGGAGAAGUCGACCAUCGCUGCGAUCCAAUCUGAAUCCGGGACACAUUCGACAUCAGGCAUGACGAUCCAGCAAGACACAUGGCUUGCCGAGCUCUGCCUUUACACCAAUGUGAACCAUUCGGUGACCUUGACCACCAAGAUCUACUCCAAGGUACUCACAACACCGAUCGGGGAAUUUGUGAAGGCCAUCCGCACAUCUCCCGCUGCUGUGGUGGCAGUACACGAGUAUGCCAAGAGGCUUCUCGGCAUGGUGGAGAUUAAGAGCGAAUGCUGGGAGCUCUUGGCACAGGCUACGGCUGAUGAUUGUGUCACGCACACACAGCUCGCUGAGCUGCUGGAUCCUGGCACCGGACGGGUGCACAACCUGAGGUCAGUUGAGGAGGUAGACUUCACCGACUUUCUGGACGACAUUCGAGAGCCGGGUCUCAGCAACGAGGCGCGCCUGGACGCCAUCAAGAACUACAUACCAGAGCUCCGGGAAGAUGGUAUCUACAUGGGGCUCGGGUAUGAGGAUGAGAUGCACCGGGCGCUGCUGUCCGUGCUCAGUGCUUUGUGGCUGCUGGUGGACGACUAUAACAGCAUGGUCGACUGUCAGAAGAUCACUCAGAGGUUGUCUCAGAGGACCUUCGAGUUCAUCAAGGAGUUCGUUGGCGCCAAGCGGAUGAAGGACGCGCAGCUUCAAGCCGUGUUCAUCCUCCUGUCGCUGCGUGGUCUCAGCAAGAACUCAGACUUCGCAAAGCUCUGUCCUCCAUCGGAGCGGCGCACGCCGGAGCAGGUCUUGGCCUAUGCCACGACAAACCUGGAUGCUUACUUGCCAUCCAUUGCGAAUCUCCGCGGAGAUGCGUAUGACAUCCUCGCGGCGACGGUCCGGAUGCUCGGGGCGUUCAACUUUGCUCAGAUGCUGCAGGGGGAAAACAACCCUCACUCCAUCUGGCAGCUCCAGGGCGCGCUGGAGGAAGAGGGCGAGGAGGUCUUCCAGACCUUCCUUUUUGUGCAAGUCUGCCUCUUGUGUGGAGUCACGGGCAACAUCACGCUUCGCGGCUCCAUGUUUCUCAGCGAGCUGAAUGGGCGCAGCGUGCUCAAAGGUGCCUGUUCGUUGGUGUGGCUUGACAAAGGACCCGUUGAAGACCUCUGUGACGCGCUAGCGAACCUCACGUGGGUGGGUCAAAAGCAUCACAUCACAACCAAAAUCAAUUAUACGCACUUGACCGAAACUGCCAAGCCUCACCGUGCAUCCAAGGGCGUGGAUCCGAACAAAGUGUACUGGAGCUACAUUGCCAGCCGUGCCGAAGCUCUGGAGCUUCAUGUGCAGACACCGAGCCAUUUGGUGCUGGCCAGACUCGCAUGCCUCACACGUGCCUUGGCGACUGUUCAGGAUGCUCUUUCAGAGAUCUUCCUGUCAGACGGCCACUAUGACAAGGCCUUCAUCUUCCAGUAUUUGCCUCUCUUCUUGACCAACGCCAUGGCCAACCAGGGCCUCGGCUUGCGGCGCGGGCUUCAGUUUCUUGUAGAGCUCUUUGCGAAGCUGAUGAAUCACCGCUGCCUGAACCAGGACGGCUCUACAGUCACAGUCGACAUCUCCUCGCUGGCAACCAUGGCCAAGGACAUCGACGACUUGAGGCUCCUCAGACAGUGCAUGGACUUCUCGCGCAUCGUGAAGCACACAACUGGUGUGACUGUCCUGCUCACUGCCGAGAGCUACCAGAUCCUUUCAGGCCAGCUUGUGGCGGAGGACCGCAAGGUGGACCUGCUGGAGUCGCUGACUGCUCAACAGCGCCGCCUAGAAGAUGCGCUGAUCGGCCGCGCACGGCCGCUGACACUGUGGGACGAAAGCCCACGGGUGGCUUGCCACAUCCGCAGAUUCAGUCUAGAGUCUAGAGAGCUUGUGCUUCCUCGUAAGCCGCCGAGAGUCUGGGCAUGUCUGGGUGUUGGUAGAAGCCGAAACCUGCUUGGAUCUGUGACGACUGACGCGCCUCGUCGACGCAGCGUUUCUACGUCCCAAGCGCCGUCAGGUAGAUCGUAG